GAAAUUUUUUUGUUUUUUUUUUUUGAGAUGUUUUGGAACGUUGUGCAAGCACUGUGUACAAGAAUGCUGUAAAAAAAAUUUGACUCGAAUAUUCAGAACAAAAUUUGUUGGAAUUGAUGUAGCGCAAAUGUGUCAUUAUGAAGUCAUAUUGGUCGUAAAUGCUGUGUUAGAUGUGGGAUUUUCAAUUGACGAUCGCAUGACAACAGUACAAAAAGACGGUAUAAAAGUCAUCUGGAAAUCUGACAACAAAUCAACAACAUCUUAAACUCCAUUGUUUUGAGUACAAUUUGUCUUUCUGCAAGCAAAACAAUCUUGUUGUUUCAAAGUGUACAAACGAGAGUAAUUGUGUCAUCGAUAUAGAAUAGAUAUAUCGAAUGAAACCUCCCUCCCCUCAAUAAUUGAUAAUGAAAUGUAUGCAUCAAAAUUGGCGAAAAAAUCGACAAUAAUAACAAAUCAAAGCCGAUUGUGAUUGAUAGUGAAUGAAAUAUUUCCAAUUAAUUUUUCGUUUCGAGUUUCAAUUAGAGAAGAUAACAAAAAUACAUAUUCUAAAAAUAAUAACGAUUUUUGAUAUUGCGUAUGAUUUGUUGUGUGUAAAAACGUGCAGAGAGAACCGUCAUAGUACAAGCCAAAAACCAUUCCGAUGCAAAUCGAAUAAUUAUGAUCAAUUGAAAGCAUUGCCAUUGAGUGUAUGCGUGCGACGAAAAAUAAUAAAAAAUAAACAACAAUCAUUUAAUAUCCAUUCAAAUAAACAUAGUUUUACAUUGUGCCUGUGUGUAAAUUAAGUCGAAUUGCAUUGUGGAUCGAAAGAGUCGAAUCGAGACUUGACAAUUGAACAAUAAUAAGCAAAGACGAUUGUAACUUACAAAUACAAUAUAUUCAAUAAAAGUCAAUAUGGUGUAUGGAUCAUAAAACGAUUUUAAUGACCACAUGUUUUGCCGUAUGUGACAAAGGGGACGAUUCGUCUGAGAAAAAUACCAGAGUGAAUGAGUGCGAACAUAUGUCAAAGAGCAGUAAACAAAUCGUAUCGCAUGGAAUAGUAUACAUCGUUUGAUUGUGAAAGAAGAUCGUGCCAAACAAUUGCUGUCAAUUCGAAUGAAAUUAACAAAAGCAUCAUAGUCCAUUUUACCGAUUACAACUCUCUCAGUUCGAAUUUGUUGUCAUCGACACGAUUUAAUAAAGCUAUUUAAUUAAAGCGUUGGUACGCGUUUAAUUUGUUGUGUGUGUUUUUUUUUAUCGAAGACCGAAAAAAGAAGAACAACUACCUUAACAGUAUUACAGCUGAAUAAUCAGAAAAAAAGACUUCUUUUGCUACAAACAAACGACGCCUAGGCGAAAUAAGUAAAGACAUAUCACUUGUAAAUAAAAAAGCAAAGAAAAGAAAAGAUCCGAAACAUAAAAGGCCAAAAAUAAAAAAGAACUCGAAAAAAUACAAAAGAACAUUUUAUGGUCGUGUCUUGAACCAAGUUGCCACUGUAAAGUAUACAUGUUUUGGUGUAGCCGGAAUGGACAUUGAAGUAACCAAAACAGUGAUAACGGUAAAUGCACAGACCAAAAACACGUUCAAACAUUGACAUUAAAAACAAAUAAUAAGUGAAUCGUAAACUGCGGUAAAAUUUACCAUUUGUAUUUAAGAGAAAAUUCUGCAUUUACUAAGUGCUGCACAGUACGAAUUGAUGAAAACCAACGACUGCUUUAGUGACACAUAGCCAAAGCGAUUCUCAUCGAAACACAAAGAUUUAUAGCCGAUAACAGCCGAAGCAGACAUAUACACUCAAACCGAACGUUGUUCAACAUAUAUGCACACACAUCAUCAACAUGAUUCACUAUAAAUUAUUAGUCGUCCAUUGGUCUAUUUUCACAUUGUCCGUGCAGCUGAUUUACUGUGCAUCAUUGCACUCAACUCGUGAUUCAGUGAUGACAUCGGCCGGUGGAGUUGGUUUAUCAUCCAUAACAGUGUCACCAAUUUAUAAAUCAUCACAAACAGUCUCACAUCAAUCGAUAUGUUAUGCUGAAACCGAACAUGUGCUCAGCGUAAAUGGUAAAGAGUCAAGCAUUGUAUUGGAUUUAGAACCGAAUCGCAUCCAAUUGGGACCAUGCAAGCGAAUAUUCAAAGCACCCGAACCGCAUGGAUUUAUCGUAAAAUUGCUGAAAUUCAAAUCGAAACAGAUGAGAAAUCCAAACAGUCAUAUUGAUACCAAUAUUGGAGGUGUGUCAAUUGAUGUUUUCAACGAGACAACAACGUGUCCAUUGAACAUUAUGACGGGAAAAGAUCCAUUGACACCGGCCUGGAAAUUGGAUCCGUGCAAAAUGGAAGCGCAUGGAAUUAAUAAAGAGAUGGUUCGUUUAACUGAAGGUUUGUUGCGCAUUUCGUGGACACCAAAUCGCCAUUCACCCAAGUACAAAUUGGUCAUUACAACGCUUGGCAAAGGCUAUCAUUGUAAUCAAGGAAAACAUCCAUGUCUUAAAUUUGGGCAAGAAACAUUAUUUUGUGUUUCAUCGAGUUUGGUAUGUGAUGGGAUAGCACAAUGUCCAGAGGGCGAUGAAUACAACAGCGAUGAGGAUCCAGUUAUGUGUGCGCAAAAGCGUGGUUUCGCCGAUUCAAAUACGUCAUUUGGAUUGAGUAUUUGGCAACAAAUUUCGAAGGAAUUUUUCAGUAAAUUAUAUCCUCCUGAAGCAACGACAAUAAUGCCAACAAAACCACCAACCAAACCAACAUCAACGAUGCACAGAAAAUCGAAUAAGGGCGAUGACAGCAUUGAUAAUGCAAACGAAGAUGACACACCUGACGAUUCUGUGAUGGAAUCAUCAACAAAACACUAUCGACACAUCACACUGUCGAGAGGUUUAUCAAAAUAUGGGCCAUGGGGUUACUUGAUUCUUGGCAUGCUACUUUGUGGUGGCGCCCUUUUAGUCUGUGUACUUUGGGAAUGUUGUUGUAAAAGCGAUAAAACGCCAUUCUUAACCACAUUAGAUCCAUCUAAUAUAUCGACAAUUACAGGCAGCAGUUCAACGGCGAAUUACAAUGGUACACAACCGGAAACAACGUUGCCGCCAAACUAUGAUGAAAUCGAUCCGCCACCAUCGUAUGCAACCCUAUUUCCGGGUAAUAAAAAUGAUGAUGCCGAAUCAACGAGCACCGGUCAAACAACGACCGCCAACACAUCAAACACUUCAAUUCAAGAUGUUGGUGCUGCUUGUGCAACAUCCGACAGCAUUGCCAAUGGUAGCAACAGUAAUGUUCCGCAAGCAUCAGCACCGUCUUUGCCAUCUUCGUCCAACUCUUUCUCCACACCUUAUCCCUCAUCUUCUUCGUCGUAGAAAUCACAAACAAAGAAAUUACGAUUAUAUUUUUUUUUAUUUAAUUAGACUUUAAUUCGAUAUACAAAUCGAACGAAACAGUAUGGCAACUGUACUCAAUUUAAAAAAAAAUUGAGUACCUCGCCAAAUAGAAUAGAAAAUGGAUCCAUUUCGAUUGGUGUUAAAUGCAUAUCACUCGCUCACUUUCGCUGAUGUGUGUUAUGUCUUGUAUAAAAUAAUAAUUAAUGAGAAAAAAACGACGACGAUGAAAAACAACAAAACAAACUGACUGAUUAAACUUAAACGUAAAGUGGGCAGGAUGGAUUUUGUUUUUAAAUUCAAAAGAAAUACAGCAAUUUUUAUUCAAAUAGCAAUGGCAAUAUCAAAGAUUUAUAGAAACUAAACAAAUAACUCUCUGUUGAAAUGUAGACAGUAGACAAUUUUUAUUUUUUAUUUAUUAAUUUAAGUUUAAAAAGAAUUCUUUGUCUAUUUCGUAAAAUCGAUGAAAAAAGAGAGAAACAAUUUCAAAUUGAUAACAUUAUAAUGCGUGCUAUAUAUAUAAAAGCUUGAAUUGGUAUGCAUGACGCGGUUCAAGUUAUUGAGUAGCUUUAAAAUUUGAUGAAAGCAACCAGGACAGAAGAGUUAUAAUGAAUUUUUUUUUGGCACUUCUUCCCGUAAAUUUGGCUACAUCAAUGAUUUAUUUAUCUGUUUGAAUUUUGAAAUGUAUAAACUAAUACGAAGACAAUUGUUUCUUUAAAAGGGUCAUUUCAAUUUUUUUUUAAAUAGGUUGUUCAUCAAUCAACUCGAUCUUCAAUUUUUCUUCCACCAUUUUUUUUUUGUCAUUUUACAAGCUAAAAGAAUUUGAAUUUAUAAUAGACGAUUCGCAAAUGAAUGUAUACAAACAAAAAAAAAAUACGGCACAAUGCAAUACAUAAUUCCGAUGAAAUGUGAUAUUGACAACAAAAUAAAAAAACAAGAACUACAUUUAUAAGUAAUAAAUAAUUCAAAUUAAA